AUUAUUAUUAUUAUACAACGAGAGACCUCAGUUGUCGACAACAGUCAGUCAGUCAGUCAUACAUACAGAGGAUAUGCGAGAUUCAAUGGUAAGCAUACCGUCGCUGUUGACUUUCAACACAUCGACUACUAGUACUAAAAGACGAAGAAGAGUAGGACAGUUAUCAUAUACUACUACACGUGCCAUACAACAGCAACAACAAGAUAUGGAUGUAAAUACUACUACCCAUACCUCUACUACACCAACUACUGAUACAACGCCACCGCCGCAGCCACCAGUGGCUGCCACACCGAUACUACCGUUUCUCUAUUUGGGUAACGAAACUGAUGCCCAAUUCAAAUGUCUGAGACAAUUGGACAUUACCUAUGUAUUGAGUAUAAGUACCAGUGCUGGCACUGAUAAUGAUAGUAGUGGUGGUAGUGUUAGCGAUGAUGACCAACACAAACAACCGUCGGGUAUUCAUUAUAAACGGGUGCCGGCAGUCGAUUCGUACCAACAAAAUCUAAUGCAAUAUUUUGACGACUCGUAUCAUUUUAUCGAUGAGGCCCGAAAACGCGGCCACAACGUACUGGUACACUGUCAGGCGGGCAUAUCCCGAUCGGCUACCAUUACCAUAGCCUAUCUGAUGCGGCAUCUGUGGCUCAGUUUGGUCGAUGCCUACAGUCUGGUCAAAACUAAGCGGCCAAUUAUAUCGCCAAAUCUGAAUUUUAUGGGCCAACUACUCGAAUGGGAACACCAGUUGACGACACACCAACAACAACACCAUCACCACCAGCCGUCACAGUCGUUGACCAUCAAAUAGGAUGGAUAGACAUAUCAUAUCAUACUAUAUUUGUUUGGUUUAAUUGUUUUAAUACAUUGUUGUUGUUGUUGUCGACAUCCGAUUAUUAUUAAUGACUUUCCCCUCGGGAGUGACUGACUUAUUAUGACCCGUAUAUAUAUACAGACAGUGAUAAUGAUGACCACCACCGAUGAUGAUGAUGAUGAUGGCUGUCUCCGAUACUUAUAUAAAACACUUAUUGAUCUCUGCGACCAUUAAUUUUGUUGUCUACCCCACCCCACCCCCGCCGAAAACCAAAUAUACCCGAACUACCCGAUUAUUAUUAUUAUUAUUUAAUUACCCGAUUUGAUUACUACUACUACUACUAUGAGAAACGUGUCAUAUCUAUGGUUAACCUAUUUUUUACCUAAAAAAAAACUAAUCAUUACUAGUCUAU